GCCGCCGCCGCCACAACACCGAACAGUUAUCCUGCGACGUCGCUCGCGCUCGUCCACAACGGAAGCAGACGCGCGCCAAACUCUUCCUGCUAAAUGGCAAAGAACUAAAUCUCUUCGUCCUCCUCGUCGAAUACAGUCGAAUCUAAUAAUAGUAGUGCGUGUCCUGUGUGUUGUCCUUCGUAAAAUGAUGAACCAAUUAAUACUAAUCUUCGUAACCAUUCCACUUUUACGCGUUGACGGCGCUUACUUUUCCAUAACAGAUGUCUCGGUUAAUGUACCUGGUGACAGGAGCAAGUACCCGACCGGAAGUAAGCAAAUCCUGCUGAAGCUGCACGCGCAGCCGGAAGCAAAUAGAAACCGGACGAGACUCACCUACUCCAUCCUCAAUCCCAACAUGAAAUAUUUAAAGAUUCAUCCACACUCCGGCGCCGUUUCCUUCACCAAGGAAUACCUGGAAUCCAAUUUUAAAGGAGCAGUCAGUUUCGAUAUGACAGCAUCUGUGUCGGACGGCGGAAGGAUAAAUAAAACGAGCGUCCGAGUUAAUAUCUCUCCACCAGAUAAACUCGAUUGUGUUCUCAUCGUUCAAGACUUAUGUUACUGGCAGACCGCAGACUACAGGAUCUUCGAGAACAGAAAACCGACCAUUCUUGGAACACUCAGCUCCCCGUUCCUCACCGAUCUGUGUCCUGGCUUCAAACUCAAUUACACCAUCAACAAAGGUGAAAACAGAGUGGAGGUGAUUCCGCCCACGGAUCAGAAUAAAUCGUGGAUGCUUCGUACCCGAAAACCAUUAGAGAGGGACGUCCAGUCGGCCAGACAAUUUUCGCAAGAAAACAAGCAAAUUGGAGAGUUCAUUCGCAUCUCCACGAAAUGCACCAUCGAAGAUCCGAACGGCACCAAACGGGAAAUCCUCAAAAACAUCACCGUCCAUGUCCUCGACGAAGACGACAACCUUCCGGAACUUCAAGAACGCCACAUCGACGAGAUUAACGUCACCUUAAACGGAGAUUUCGUGAAAAAGGGCGAAGUGGUGACGUUCCAUCGCCGGAACAAGCUGAUCUUCAUCGACCUGGACUCGCCCACAGUGAACAACUACGAAGUGAAGAUUUUGAACGACUCGUUGGGACUCUUCGACGUCGUCCUCAGGUCUUUCGAGGACAGCAGAAAUGAUGAAGCGCAAACCGUCAUUUACUGCGAAUUAAUUUUCGCCAAAACCAUGCAUGUCCCUCGUUUGCCGUACGAGGUCAUCUUUCAACUGAAUGACACAAACCUCCUUCCAGGAUCUGGGAAUAAAAGCCUGGUCACAAUUCCAAUACAUCUGCUGCAUUCCACGAAUUCCACCGACGAGUAUCCCCAUUCCCUUGGUCACAUCACGCUUCCGUUAAAGGCGCUCACGCUUUACCGAAAGCAAAUCAUUUCCGUUUUCAGAUCGGCUGGGCCCUUCGCGAGGAUCGUUCAGCCCAGAGUCGGGUCGAUAAAGGAAAUUGAAAGAUUCGUCCUAUCGGACAACAGCACACACAACAAGACGUUCAACGUCACCCCCAAAGAGGGAAUCCUCUACGUCCAGGACAUUAGCUUAUUGAGGAAGUCCCCCGCCGAAGUUAGGAUCAAUGUGAAAUGGUUCUUCUUGAACGGUACUAUGGAUUGGGAUGAGCUGAUCAUCAAUAUCAUCGAAGAACCGUCAUCGGCCUGUUACAACAUCAGCGUUGGAGUGAAAUUGUGGCCCCAUUGCGCCGAUAUACAGAAUCCCGAUGAUUGUUACGAAACUUGCGGGAUUUCGACGGGUGGAGCAGUCAGCGUUGAACACAUAAAAAAAGGUGAAAAGUGGCGCAGAUGUAUGUGGCGCGGUGACCGGAAACCGGAACUGCGUCAUUCCACGAAACUGUACUCCACGUGCACACCAGACUCAGAAACUUGUCCGGACGGAGUCUGUGACUCUUUGGAGAGAUUGAACCGUCUGAUUUGUCCACAAGAUUGUUCCGAGCACAUCCAAUUUCCGACUAUGAAGAACGACGAGACUGGGCGAGGUAUAAAAACAGCGCGUGGCGUUUGCAUUUGCGACAAUACGUCGAGUUGCGUGUGCGAGUUGAAAGUUAAGGCGAGGAAGGACAAUAAGAAGAAUUCGAAGAAGACUGAGUCGACGGUGAACUUCUUGAACAUCACUUUGGCGCCGAUCAGUUCGGCUGCUCCCAAUUUGAGUAGACAUAGAGGUCUCGAGAAAGCGGCUUGCGGUAAGAGUUGUCUGCUGGGUAUAUUAGCCGGAGGAUUAUUUCUGUUGGGAGCUAUAGCUACGAUCGUGAUCUGCUGGCGUUUCGAUAGAGUUCACAAAGUCAGAGGAAAGUUCACCGAGGAGAACGCCGAUCUGUCUGCUCCUCUUUCCGAUUACGUUGAUAGAGGUAUCCUGCCUGAAAAUACUUUGUCCUUGAACUUUGACAUGACCACGUCGCUCACUCAGCAGCAAGGCCAGAUGAAAAUGCAGCCGGAUCCUAAGUGGGAAUUUCCACGGAGCCAACUAAUCAUCGAGCAGACUCUAGGCGAAGGGGAGUUCGGUAGGGUGCUUAGGGCGAAGGCCAAAGACAUCAGCGGACAAUUAGGAUACUCGAUCGUCGCCGUUAAGACACUGAAAGAGGACGCCCGAGAGGCAGAACUUUCUGAUUUAUUGUCAGAGUACCAACUUCUUAAAGAAGUCUCACAUCCAAACAUCAUCAAGCUGCUCGGCGUUUCGACUGUACCCGGAGGUCCGGUCUAUUUGAUCAUCGAAUUCGCGCAGUACGGUUCUCUGAGGAGCUACCUGAGGCGAAGCAGGCACGUUAAAUCCGAAAGCCAAUUACCGACGUCGGCUAGAUUGGAUGGGGCCAAAAGACACGAGAAUUACGACGAGCCGAAAGAGUGCAAAGUUACACCGAAGGAUAUACUCUCAUUCGCAUGGCAAAUCUCUAAUGGAAUGGCUUAUCUCAGCGAUGUUAAGCUCGUCCAUAGGGAUUUGGCCGCUCGCAACGUCCUCCUCACCUCCGACAAGAUCUGCAAAAUCUCCGACUUCGGAUUAACCAGAGACAUCUACGAGGACGACACUUACUUCAAGCGGAGCAAGGGCCGAGUUCCAGUGAAAUGGAUGGCACCGGAAUCGCUUUCGGAUCAUUUAUAUACCACCAAAUCGGACGUCUGGAGCUUCGGCAUUGUGAUAUGGGAAUUGAUCACUUUAGGAGCCACACCGUAUCCAGGCAUACAAGUCCAGAACCUCUUUCACCUGCUAAAAUCCGGGUAUCGAAUGGAACGACCGGAAAACUGCUCACCAACUCUUUAUAAGAUAAUGACAAGCUGCUGGGAUAUCGAUCCGGAUCAUCGGCCAAGCUUCCAGCAGCUCUCGCAAAAAUGGGAAGAGAUGCUGGGAGAUCAAAUGGAGUAUUUAGAUUUAACACCGAACGCUAUCCACAAUAGAAGCUACUUUUGCACUAUCGAAGCUCAAGAUGAGAACGAUAAUCAGAACAUCAUCGUCAAAGAGGAGCUCUUCGAGGAGAACUUGGAGAGCAACCAGGAGCCGGAGAAGUGCGGGGAUUCCAGUAAGCUGUUGGAUGAGCCUAAGUUGAAUAAUAACGGCACGAAUCAGCUGAGCCCCGCGAAGGAUUUGACUCAAGGAUACGAGACUCCGGUGAAGCUUAUGACGAAGAGGGCGCAAACACCGACUAACGAGAAUCCUCAAUAUUACACGAACAUGGAUCUUGGAAAGACGAGCAGCAGCAGCAGUUACUGAAAGGACGGCUUUC